UUACCCUUAAAGCCCAUCAUCACAUUCACAUUCACAUUCACAUACUCCCAACUCUCUUUUCAUUCUCUCUCUACCCAAUUUCUGUGGCGGCUCUCUCUCUCCAUCUUCUUCUCAAUUUCAGAUUUCGAUCCAUUCUUCAUCUUGUUCUACAGUUAGGGUUUGUUUUCUUCUUCGAUUUGAUUCGAUUCGAUCUCUGUUGGGUUGGAUUGGGUGGUUCUUCCUCCUUCAACUUCAACAACAGCUGCCAUGGUUGCCCAACAGCCGCAACUUCAGAUUCAGCCACCGCAGCCUGCACCACCAUCUGCCCAAGAUGAGGCCUUGAAGAGGAACACCGAUUGUGUCUACUUUCUUGCAUCUCCCUUGACAUGCAAAAAGGGCAAUGAAUGCGAGUACCGCCAUAGUGAGUACGCCCGGGUCAAUCCUAGGGAUUGCUAUUAUUGGUUGAAUGGCAAUUGCUUGAAUCCCAAAUGUUCAUUUCGCCAUCCGCCCCUUGAUGGAUUGAUAGGAACCCCAACUGCAGCUGCCGCUGCUGGCGGACCAUCUGUACCCCCUCCACAAAUUGCGACAGCAGCUGCAACACACGCUCCUUAUAAUUCUGCCAAACAAGCUGUCCCUUGCAUUUUCUUCCAAAAGGGGCUUUGCUUAAAAGGUGACAGAUGUGCCUUCUUGCAUGGACCAAAUCCUACCACUAGCAGUAAAGUAGCUACUCAGGGCCCGAUGGCUAGCCAAGGAUUUGAGAAUCCAAGUCUUAAGAAGCCUUUUGGUGGCAUUGAAAAAUAUACACAGGAAAGGAAAAGUUCCCAAGGAAAUUUUUCAAGCUCUGUUGGAGGUUUUGAGGCUAAGCCUGCCCAAAAAGCUGAAACAGCUAGGUUUCAUUUGGAGAAGCAUGUGCCGCCACCACCUGCAGGAUUUGAUAACGAGGCUUCAAGAUUUAAGAUAACAAGUUCUCCACCACCAAUGACCAAUGGGCCCACUGUAGCCCGGUCCAAUCGUGUGCAUCAAGCUCGUUUGCCAGAUGAUCACAGUUUCCAUAGUGGUAAGGACAGUGAUGAGUUUCUCAGAGAGUCCUCUCCUGGGUUUGAUGUUCUUGUAGCUGAUGAACUUAGGAAUUCUGAUUACUAUCAUGGGGAAGAUGAAUUUGGUAAAGGGAGAGGUCAGGAUGACAGGAACUUAGACUCUUUGAAUGAAUAUGAUAUAGGACAUUCUGCUGAUUAUAGUUUGGCAGCUGAUGUUGAUCGAGAAAGAUAUCGUGUGCCCCAUGCUUAUGACUCAUACGAUCACACGCAAGAGCCAUAUGCUUGGGAGCAGCGUAGAAAAGCACCAGCCCACGUUGAAAGAAGGACUCAACGCAAAUCUGGAAGUCCUGAGAAUGUUGAGGUUUCAGAUCUCCGGCACCGUUUAUCCAAGCGCAGGAAGGUCAAUGGCUUAAAAUCUGUUGUCACUAAUGAUUAUGCCCCUGGGAGCCAUGGUGAGGAACAAAGUCACCGGUUCUUCUCUCAGAAGGAUUCACAGAGCUCCAUCAGUAGUCGUUUCCGGGGAAGAAUAAAACUUCCAGCAAAUGGUGCUGAUAGUCACCUAGAGAGGGACUCAGACAGAGGAAUAAAUAGGGGCAGAUUGUCAUCUGGAAGGCUGCAUGCCCCUCACCAGGGAAGGAUCCAAGAUAGAAUAAGAGGAAGCUCCCAAGAUGAUGAGAGGAGAAACUUCAGGGGGAGAGAACUAAUGGGGAACAGAAGUGAUUUUGCUGCGCCCAAAAGUCUUUCUGAACUUAAAGUUGGCAGAAACACUGAGAGUAAAGAGCAACAUUCGUUGGGGAAGAGAAAAAGUUUCAUGGAUCACCAACAAUCUGAUGAUGAUAUUCCGUUUGAAGGUCCAAAACCUCUUAGUGAAAUUCUGAAGGAGAAGAGAGGAGUUGGUGCAACCUCCCACGGUGGCAAAUCAUCUGAUGAUAAGAAUAGAGAAAUUGCCAGUAGCUCAGAUCACACAUCUGUCGAAAACACUCAAAACGGAUCAUUGCCCGUCAAGAGCCAUUUGUUAGUUAAUGAAGAAGACUCCACGACUCAGGUCACUGAUGCAAUUGGAAGAGACAGUGAUAACGUUGAUGUUACUCAUGGUCAAUCACCUGAGGAUGGAAUGAUCUACGAUGAAGCUGCAGAGGAUCAGGAGUAUGAAGGUGAUGAUGAUCAAAGAGAAGGGGACUAUGAUUAUGACCAAGUUGAUGAGGAGGGGGAGUACGAGUAUGAACAGGUUGAUGAGGGUGAGAAUCAAGAGCAAGAAUACAUGGAUGAUGAAGAAGGAGAUGGGGAUGGGGAUGACUUUGCUAAGAAGAUUGGCGUUGUUAUUACAUAAUCCUGGAAAAGUGAUGAACAUCCAGAUGAACUUGUUGUGGCGGACCACCGAAGCUUACUUAUAUCUUUGUGUCUCUCUGACUGAGCAGCGUUUCUGCAUAAAAUUUGCUUGUAGAACUGCCUAUCAUUAUGAUUGAGUUAUUUUCUUGUAUUAAUUAGUCCUUUUUAUUUUUGCUGUGUUUUCAUCUGAUUUAAUUUGAUGGAUAUUUUUAUGUAAGCAGCAGUGGGGCAUUUUGCUGUGCUCUAUGCAUGUUAUGUAGAGUGCAAGCCUGUAACAGAAAGUUAAUAAUAUUUACAUUCACUCA